CAUGUUUACGGAAGCGCGUGAAAGCUAUUCAUCCAUGGAUUCACCUCACUAUUCAAAACAGCGGUUUCGUUAAUUCUUAAACUUGUUUUACACUAGUUUUAUCCACUUCCCCAGUCUCCAGCUGUAGAUAGUUGAAGUUGUCAUCAUGUGGGACCGUGAAAUCAGGGCUAUGGCGUCCACUCACGCCAUAAUAGCUGCCUCGGUGUUUAUGGCCACCGUGCUACCUACAGUGUUUGUCCCAGGCUUCUCUGUGUACGGCAUGCACCUGCUGUGGAUAUACUCAGUGUCUGGUGCGGUGACAGCAGUUAGUGUGGCCGUCUUCUGGCUGCUUGGCAUUUCACCCCCCACUAAGAAGCACACAUUGGGAUACAAGCUGUCGAGGCUAUUUCGCUCAUGUCUGUACUUCUUCCUGUCCUGCCUGUUCUUCCAUACGGUAGUUGUUCUCUAUGGAGCGCCGCUGAUUGAAUCUGCCUUGGAGACAUUUUCACUCGCUGUGUUGCUGACUUCUCUGACCACUCUGAGGUGUCUCUGUGUUCUUGGUCCCAGUGUCCAGGCCUGGAUACGAGUGUUCAGUCGACACGGAGCUAUGUCUGUGUGGGACACCUGUCUCCAGAUUACAGUGGCCUGCACGUUAGUAGGAGCCUGGGUGGGAGCGUUCCCAAUUCCUCUGGACUGGGACAGGCCUUGGCAGGUUUGGCCUGUUUCCUGCAGUCUGGGUGCUAUGAUUGGCUACCUGACCGGGCUCGUUGUUGCUCCGGCGUGGAUCCACUAUCAUCGCAAGCAGCUCACAUACAAGUGCAAGUGAUAAACGUGGUUUAACACCUCUGCUUAUGUGAAUGUGUACAUGAUGUCUUGAAUCAACUUUUUACUGAUUAUUUAUUAAGACCCUUCAUGCUGUUUGCAGCCUGUAGAUGAUUUUGUAACAGCUAAAGACAUUUUUUUUGUACGAGUGAGAGCUGAACUCCAGUGUUUGUUGACAUGAAUAAAACAUUACCUUAUUAA